UUUACGUAUAUACAUAUAUUUACAGAACUCGCACUAUACCCCGCCAGAUUAAUUUGACUAAAGAGGACAGAGUCGGGAAUCACCAUGACAACUGAAAUGCAGGAGAUCGCUAUCACGGAGGAGAAGCCCUUACUUACGGGUCAGCCUGAUUCGGUCAAGGACGCCGAGAUUGCGGCCCGAAUACUGCUGGACCAGGGCCAGGAGCAUAAUAUUGAGACUCCACAUGGUCUGGUCCACGUGACUCUCCAUGGUACAGGGAACACACGCAGGCCGGCCAUCCUCACCCUUCAUGACGUGGGACUGGACAGUAAAAGCUGUUUCUCGACUCUGUUUAAAUUUGAGGAGAUGCAGGAGAUUGUAAAGAACUUCACUGUGGUUCACGUUGAUGCCCCAGGACAGGAAGAAGGAGCUGCCCCCUACCCUGUCGGAUACCAGUAUGCGUCAAUGGAGCAGCUCGCCGAAAUGAUUCUCCCAAUCCUGCAGUACUUCAAUUUCCGGACUGUAAUUGGUGUAGGCGUGGGCGUAGGAGCUUAUGUCCUCUCCAGAUUCACAUUGAAUAACCCUGACUCUGUGGAAGGUCUUGUCCUGGUAAACAUGGACCCAAAUGCCCGCGGAUGGAUGGACUGGGCUGCCCAGAAGCUCACCAAUCUGACAUCUUCACUCACAGAGCAAAUCUUGACUCAUCUCUUCAGUCAGGAGGAGAUGUCAGGAAACACAGAUCUCCUGCAGUCUCACAGAGAGAGAAUUUCUAAAUCUCCUAACCUCAGCAAUAUGGAACUCCUCUGGAAGAGUUACAACAGUCGCAGGGAUCUGGGCAUUGAUCGCAACAACACUUUCAAAUGUCCUGUUAUGCUGGUGGUUGGAGAUCAGGCCCCUUAUGAAGAAGCCGCAGUGGAGUGUAACAGCAAAAUGGACCCAACUACAACCUCAUUCCUGAAGAUGGCUGAUGCGGGUGGAAUGCCACAGAUAACCCAGCCAAGCAAGUUGACUGAGGCUUUCAAGUACUUCAUACAGGGAAUGGGCUACAUGGCCUCUUCCUGUAUGACUCGCCUGUCGCGCUCCCGCACCACCUCUCUCUCCUCCUCCUACUCCAUGGAAGGCUCCCGUUCCCGAUCUCGUACCCUCUCCCAGGGCUCCCAGGGGGGCCAGCUGCCCCCCAGUCCCUCCCACACCAUGGAGGUGUCCUGCUGA